AUGCAACCUGACCAUGAUCUCCAGGCUUCAUAUUUUGGGUUCGUCGAGACCCGCGACGACGCCACGAUGCUGAUCCAGGCUUGCCGUCGAGGCAGUCUGCGCUGCAUUGCGAGACGAAUUAUCUUUUCAGCGCGCCCUACAGUCGAACUAAGCGGACAAGUCUUCAUUUACGAAGAGAAAGCAUCGGGCAUUCGGCGUUGGACCGAUGGGCGGCGCUGGACCCCGAGUCGUGUCUCGGGUGAAUUCCUCAUCUACGGAGAACGGCCACAAUCACCAAAUCAAGCACACACCGCGGAGACUGCGGUUCAACCAGUGCCAGUAGGAGACGGCAGCCAAAAUUUGCGACAUCGACUUUACGGGCCUUUAGCGAGAUCUUUUCACUUCAGACCUGAAAGCCUAGUCAAAAAGACCAUCAGUGUCAAAGACUCUGGUGACUCCGACUCAAUUUGGCAUUUGGUGUCUUACUACCGGCCCGUUGAUGUUCUCGGAGGCCAGUUGACAACCCCAUCGACGAUUCAAGGCUUCAUACCGCAACCGUGGCACCUGGCAACAAACUGGACACCCCAUGGAAACUCAGCUGAUGGCCACCCAGAAAGCGAAAGUAGCAUGUUCCAAAGCACCGGCCCAUCGGAUUAUUGGCAGUCCACUCGGCACGAUGUUCGAGCAUUUUGGGCCAUGUCGACAAAUUCGGGUCAUGACCACGCCAAUGCCUCUCAGGAGCCACUUCCGAACCCCGGGAGUGCUGAUAGUGGCACCAUGCCCUGGUCAACUGAUGUCCAGUUCGAUCCAAAUCCGUCUGAGUAUGGCAUGGGCAUUCCCGGCAACGUCCUGAUGUGGUAG